CUUUCUUCCGACUGACUCUCGGAGUGUCGUGACGACGAGGAUUUGCUAACGGAAGAGGCGCUGCCGACGAAGCUCUUUUGUUCCGUCUCCGCCAACAAAUUUGUUACGAAAAAGUGAAGAGUGGGGGAGGAGGAGAAGGAAGAAUAAGAGUCAAGAGGGCGAGGAGGUUGUGAGCACGACCGAGAAGCAUACAAACAGACCUUGCAGGCUUUGCUCCUCUGCUUCGUGGACGGCAGAGUUGACAAAUAUAUGCUUGGAGCGCUUUCUGGGUGUACUAGUUUAUGCCCGCACCUGUCGGCUCUCAUUUUGUAAGCUGUUGGAUCAGUAACGGGCGGAAAGAGGGAGUGGGACCGUUUCAUUGCUGCCCGCUUUCUUCAUGAGCUGGUCAUGGUCGUCAGAAGCCUCGGUGAGACCGUCCCAGCGAAUGUCCUCGUUCCUCACAGAGAAAUUCAUGCACUUCCCUCCGCUUUGUUGUAUCUGUGCAGCGAUGCUAGGAGCAGCAUGAGAUGGUUCCACGGGCGGGUCUUUGUUGUUUCGGAAAUUUACGUGUUCUGUUAGCUCUCACAAUUUGCUGCAAUUCUCACAGGCUCCAACUUUUGUACGCAUUACCUGCUCUAAUUCGUUUUACGGUGCAUUCUCGAUGAAGUAAUACGGUCUAAAUGUCUUCGCUGUGGACCCGAUUGUAUUCAUCUUUGAUGUCAAGAGGGUUUCUUUAAAACCUGGAACCAAAAAACUGGAGUGGUAACAAAGCUGGUGUCUGGAGAGGAGGCUCAAGCAGGCCCAGAAGAGGUUGGGUUUAGCCAUGAGCAGCAUGAGGAGGAGGGUGAUGAGUAUUGUUGAGGACCAAGGUGUUUACAGCAGUUCCUGUGGCUAUUGUAAAUCCUCCUCACGAUCUAGUGUUUCGCAAGGAAUGUGGGCUCAUACACUUACUGUGGAUGAUUACCAAGAACUGCUGAAUAGAGGAUGGAGGCGAUCAGGAAAGUUUCUUUACAAGCCAUCAAUGCACCGAACGUGCUGCCCUCCACACAGCAUCCGAUUAGAUGCUAAUGCUUUCAUCAUCUCAAAAGAUCAGGCUCGUGUCAUGCGUCGCAUGCAAAGGUACUUGGAGGGUUCUUACCAUGGAACUCGGCCGAGUGAAUACAGUGAUGUUGGUCAAAGCAAUUCAGCAGAAGCACAUUGUAAGGAGUUAGGUGAAGAAAUGGUUACUGCUGCAAAGAAAAAAAGCAUCGCGCAUGAUACGCCAGAUCUGAACCCUCCUACUACUGCGAAGAAGAAAAAAACUUUAGUAGUGGAAGAUGAAAUACAAGUUCAGCUUUCUGCUUCAAUCCAGGAUGCCGUCAAUAGAUGUGUUGAAUUUGGCUCCUUGCCUCAAGAUUUGGACCUUCCACAAGUAGUGGUACGAAAAGUAACUCAUAAAACUCGUGGCAAGUUGAAAGAAAUUGAAGGUCAACUAGAUUACACCUCUAGCGUCGCUUUUGCUAUUGCUGCAGGUGUGAAACGAAAAAGUAAUAUGGUAAACACUGAAGUGGAAGUAGAGUCCGGAGGCCAAGUGAACAGGUGGCAGCCAUUUUCGUCAACACAGGAGUUUUCCCCAUCUCUUGUUGCUGAAAUUUUGGUUUCUCAAUUGGGGAAAACUGGAGAUCUGAGUGGGUAUAUUCCACAAGCUUGCAAAGGCCAUCUCAACUUUCUCCUUCUUGGAUGUGAAGCUCAGAGCAACUCACUCUCAUCUGGGAUGGAUGCGUCUGUCACACCAUCGUAUAACCAAGGCUGCCCAGGUGCAUCUGGAGAACGAACAUCACAAGAUACUGGUGACCAAGCAAGGAAACUCAAGUCUUCUUCGCUAACUCCCUCUCUUUCUUCCUCUCCAAAUGUCUUACUACCUAGUAUUCAAGAUAUAAAUCCAAGUCCCUCUCCAUCACUUCCUCUUCCUUCUGUUUCAAGUGUGAAACCACGUCGCAUAGCAAUCACAAUCAAGCAGUCAUCCUUUGAUGCUGAAGAGUUCGCUCUUUACAAGAAGUAUCAGGUAGCUGUGCACAAUGAUAAACCAGAGGAGGUCCACGAAAGUUCUUACCGUAGAUUUCUUGUGGAUUCGCCGCUUAUGUAUGUUGCACCUGAGAAUGACGGUUCGACUCCAAGCUGUGGAUUUGGCUCUUUUCACCAGCAAUACCGUAUAGAUGGAAAGUUGGUGGCUGUUGGAGUUGUCGACAUACUGCCUUGUUGCCUGUCAAGCAAGUAUUUGUUUUGGGACCCUGAUUUGGCUUUUUUAGCUUUGGGCAAGUAUUCUGCUCUACGGGAGAUACAAUGGGUUCAGGAGGCCAACAAGUUGUGCCCAUCGCUCUCGUUUUAUUAUCUUGGAUACUAUAUACACACCUGUCCAAAGAUGCGGUACAAAGCUACGUAUGCACCUUCAGAGCUUCUUUGUCCCUCGAAGUACAUAUGGGUCCCUUUUGAAAAAGCACGUCUAGCUCUUGCCUGUUCUCAAUACAUGUGCCUCUCCAAUUGCUCUUCCCCGAAUGCCUCAGCUGCAGAGAACUCUGCUAAAAGAAGUGAAGGGGCAGAGAAAAUGGAGGAUUUCUUUGGAAUCGAAGAAGAUGAUGAAAUAAACAAUGAUGCAUCAGAAGCUGACGAUGAUUACUGUGCUCCAACUAGCGAAGAUCUCCUCAGCACCAAGCAUGGUCUGCCCUUCGCUCAUUCAGGUGGAAAAGAUGAAAGUAUGGAAAAGAACAAGGAGCGCACUCCGGGUUUAGGAAAAAUAAUUCUAUUGUUGAACAACCAAUGCCUUACAUUCGAGCGCUUGCUAGAGAUGCGCGUGGUGCCAGCAGUGCGUAUGGAAGCGUUGAUUGAGGAGCUCAUCUUGUACUUGAGCGGCGUGGGUCCAGACCUGGCUUCUCGCAUGCUUUUGGUUCCAAGAUGAUUUAGGAAAGAAAUGUAACACUUCGCCAAAGAUCUAUGGAUACGAGCCUUCAAAAGCGCAUGAAUAGCAAGCCGUGGCAAGCAUUAUCAGCUACAAACUUUGAAGCAGGGCAUCUGUAAGCCUACUGCUAUGAUGCUACGAGGUUAGAGACUUAUGUACCGCAUUUUUAAAACUUUCUAUUACUGAAGGUGUGCACAUCUGACUCCAACAAACGGCAGUUUGAGCCGGAAGAUAUUUCAAUGCCAACUAGACUGACAAACUACUGCGUUAGUUAUCGAAGUGCCCCAUCAAGCAAGAAAAAACGAAAUACACUGCUUGCGAUCAUGUACCUCAGCCCUCAACUACAUUACGCUUGUCAUGAUUGAAGCAGAUCUGAAUAGUCGGUGUUGAAUAGAAAUGGCUGACAGUUUCUCUUCCUUAAAUUACUGAAUCUGCUUACUAGUCUUGUCCUCCUUAGUUGGACUUCACCGAUCCUGGCCUCACAUUUAAUCUACCGGUAAAAUUACUGGGCUUUGAAUUCCUUUGCUAGACUAUGGACUGGUGUCUUCUUCACCUGAUCAUGGUUUCGAAUUUCAGAAAAGCUGUGCCCUUAAUAAAGAAAAGAGAAAGGACAUACUACAGUUGGAUGUUUUAGAUGGGAGUUCCUCCAACACGCAUGCUGUACAGGUUACCAGGAAAAAAGAAAAAAAGAAAAAGCAAUAAAGUCAAUGUCAAGAAACUUUGACAUGUGGCAAGGAGAUGAGUGCACUCUUUUACCAA